UUUACGGAAGUGAUGACAUGGACUUGACGUCCAAGGCAACAAACAAGCAGCGUGCAGCCUUUUGUCUUGGUUGAUCUCUGCUUCCUUUUCCCCUCACAAAUGCAUCUAAUUUCCAUCUAUUUACAUUACUUUCGGUUUCUUGACAUAACCUUCAAAUCCUGCAGCAUCUACCUGUCAUGUGCGGACGCUAUGCCUUGGGCGUGCGAAUGACGUUCAUUCGAAACCGUCUUCAGGAGCAAGGCAUGGAUGUUGAUGAACCUUCUGAUAAUGAUGAUGAUGAUGAUGAUGAUAUCCGCGAAACCUACAACUUUGCUCCUGGAAACAUCGGGGCCGUUUAUCGCGCUGAUGUUCCCGACUACGGCGGAGCACCACAUCAAAAGGCAACAGGUUCCGAUGCUGAAAAAGAACCUGCCGGGACAGGCCAUGGACCGACAACGCAUUACAAACUUCAAGGCAUGAAGUGGGGCCUGGUGCCAUUCUGGACGAAGCGCCAGCCGGAUUAUGGCAGCCUCAUGCGGACCAUCAAUUGCCGGGACGAUUCUCUCAGAGACGACCGGGGGAUGUGGACGUCGAUGAAGCGGAAGAAGCGCUGCGUUGUUGUCUGCCAGGGUUUCUAUGAGUGGCUGAAAACAGGCCCAGGAGGCAAAGAGAAGAUCCCUCAUUUUAUUCGGCGCAAAGAUGGUGAUUUGAUGUAUUUGGCUGGCUUGUGGGACUGUGUUACCUAUGAAGGAUCCGAGGAAAAGCUUUAUACAUAUACGGUCAUUACGACAUCUGCCACUCCGUCGCUGAAUUGGCUUCACGACCGGAUGCCUGUUAUUCUGGAUCCGAAUAGCGAAGCCUUGAGAACCUGGUUAGAUCCUAAACGGUCUACUUGGUCGAAAGAACUCCAGUCAAUUCUUAAACCUUAUGAUGGUGAACUGGAAUCCUACCAGGUGCCAAAGGAGGUUGGAAAGGUUGGGAAUAACUCACCGGACUUUAUAGUUCCGCUUAAGAGCAAGGGAAACAAGAGCAAUAUUGCAAAUUUCUUUGCAGACGCAAAGAAGAAGGCUGGGCCAGGUGCUGGCCCUGAGCACCUCAAGAGCAUAGGCGAACACGGCGCGAAACCGGUUUCUGGCACCAAACGAGGGCAUCCCGACAUUUCAGAGGAAGCCGCAGAUGACGAGGACAUUGAAAAACAGAAGACAGAGAGUAGUACACUGGUGUCUCCACCGAAGAAGCGCGCUGCUACACAAAGCCCUACGCUAAACCGGCAUACUCCAAAUCAAAAGCAAAUGCGCAGCGCAACACACAACCAGAAACCCUCAAAGAAGGUGGACGCAAAGAAGCCGAGUAGCGGAGCACAGCGAAUAACGACCUUUUUCUCUAAAUAAUGCCACAGUACUUCAUGAUGUCACGCUAUUAUGAGUGGGCGAAUAAUCCACCUCACUUAGGUAUAAUACAAUUUGAACUAUUGUACAAGUACGACGCGGCUUUAUUUUGUCUCCUGUUCUUGCAGCUUCUGCACCAGCUUUUCUCUCAGAAACGGGCUUAGGCCGAGUCUGUGUGCCUAAUUAGCUUAACAGAUGAGGGUUGAUGGGUAC